AUGAACCCCUACAUCCUCUCAAUCCUAAUCUCCAGCCUAGGCUUAGGUACCAUAAUCACAUUUAUAAGCUCACAUUGACUGCUAGCAUGGAUAGGGUUAGAAAUCAACACGCUAGCUAUUAUCCCAUUAAUAGCACAGCAUCAUCACCCCCGAUCAGUAGAAGCAUCUACCAAGUAUUUUCUCACCCAAGCCACCGCAGCAGCCAUGAUCCUUUUUGCUAGCUCAAUAAAUGCCUGGCUGACAGGCCAAUGAGCCCUCACCCAGCUCUCCCACCCCCUUCCCAUUGCAUUAAUUACAAUAGCACUUGCUUUAAAAAUAGGCCUUGCCCCCCUACACACAUGACUUCCUGAAGUACUCCAAGGCCUAGAUCUCAGCACAGGUCUAAUUUUAUCCACCUGACAAAAACUAGCCCCUUUCGCCCUACUAGUGCAAAUACCAUGUCAAAACUCAACCCUUGUCUCCACCCUAGCAAUCUCCUCAGCCCUUGUAGGAGGCUGAGGUGGCCUUAAUCAAACUCAAUUGCGAAAAAUUUUGGCCUACUCCUCAAUUGCACACCUAGGCUGAAUACUUAUUAUCCUUCAAUACGCCCCCUCCUUGGCCUUGAUCGCCCUACUUACUUAUAUAGUAAUAACAUUCUCUGCCUUUAACCUAUUUAAAAUUAAUAACUCAACAUCAAUUAACAUGUUAGCAAUCUCAUGACCCAAAUCCCCUGCACUGACCGCUCUCGCCCCCCUUGUGAUGCUAUCCCUCGGAGGUUUGCCACCUUUAUCCGGAUUCGGUCCAAAAUGAAUAAUCCUUCAAGAACUAACAAAACAAGACCUAGCCCCACUGGCAACUGUUAUAGCCCUGUCAGCUCUACUUAGCCUGUACUUCUACCUGCGUUUAUCUUACGCCAUAACACUUACCAUCUCCCCUAACAACAUCGCAGGGGUAACCCCCUGACGAUUUCAAACACCCCAACCCACACUUCCCUUAAGCAUUUUUUCUACCUGCUCUUUAAUACUGCUCCCUGCUCUCCCUGCUAUUUUAGCCCUUGUCAACUAA